AUGGGGGAUCUCUGCCACGGGCCGCUGGUGUCCCAAGGACUGUCUUCCGACUCCCCGCGGGGUCUGGGAGGCGUGCUGGGCGACGAGCAGCUGGGGCCCGCGGACGACUCCACGAGGGGAGGGCGCGAAGGACUCGGCGACGACAGGACGAGCAUAUGGUACCUCGUGGUGAAGCCAGGGGACAGCGAGGACACCACGUGGGAAGAAGCUGACGGCGAGCCCCCUGAAUCCGGUGGUGACUGCCCUGUGGUCUCUCCCCAGGGAAGCGGGAAAUCCAAGGAGGGCGCUGGAGGUAGAACCGCCCAGGUGCUCGGCCUGGGGGUGGAGGGAAACUGCCCCUGCGGUGCCCCUGCUGAGGCGUCGCCUCUGCAGCCUGAGAGGCCGGGGGAGCCCGGCCCACCUUGA